UGGGAAAAUAACGCUGCAGUCGCCCGUGGUUCCCGGAGCAACAGGGAAAAUGGCAGCGCUCACCACCUUUACUCAGCUGUCAGGUGGGAACCCAAUGUAUGAAAAUUAUUACCGACAGGUGGAUCCAGGAAACACUGGACGAGUAGGACCUACAGAAGCUGCCAUGUUCCUAAAGAAAUCAGGCCUACCUGAUAUUACUCUGGGAAAGAUCUGGGACCUGGCUGAUCCAGAUGCAAAAGGUUUCUUGGACAAACAGGGGUUUUAUGUUGCUCUGCGGCUUGUGGCCUGUGCACAGAGUGGCCAGGAGGUCUGUCUCACCAGUCUGAGCCUUACAGUGCCCCCUCCGAAAUUUAAGGACUCGAGUAGCCCAUCAUUAAGUGGUCCACCUCCAACGGACAGCCACUGGGCUGUUCGGCCUGAAGAGAAGAACAAGUUUGAUGGUAUUUUUGACAGUCUCGUACCAGUGAAUGGGUUACUAUCAGGGGAAAAGGUCAAACCAGUUCUCAUGAACUCCAAGCUGCCCGUGGAUGUUUUAGGAAAGGUUUGGGAUCUAAGUGAUAUAGAUAAAGACGGACACUUGGACAGGGACGAGUUUGCAGUGGCCAUGCACCUAGUGUACAGGGCACUAGAGAAAGAGCCUGUUCCCUCCGUCCUGCCCUCUUCUCUUAUCCCACCAUCAAAACGAAAGAAGUCAGGGGCCUCGUUGGCUGGCAUGGCCCCCAUGUUGCCGGGCAGCCCGCCACCACCUAAAGACAGUCUGCGUUCGACACCCUCACACGGCAGCAUGAACUCCCUAAACAGCGCAGGAAGCCUGUCGCCUAAACACACCCUCAAAUCUACACAGCAUUCUGUGAACUGGGUGGUGCCAGUGGCGGACAGAGGACGAUACGACGACAUCUUCCUCAAAACCGACGCCGACCUUGACGGGUUUGUUAGCGGCCAAGAAGUGAAAGAGAUCUUCAUACAGUCAGGCCUUUCACAGAACAUGCUGGCACAUAUAUGGGCUUUGGCAGACACACGGCAGAUAGGCAAGCUGACCCGGGAGCAGUUUUCCCUGGCUAUGCACUUUAUUCAGCAGAAAGUGAGCAAAGGAUUGGACCCUCCACAGACCCUGACUCCUGAAAUGAUCCCUCCCUCAGAGAGGGGAACCCCUAAUCUACCUGGUUACACGACUCCUGUGGGUUCGGAGAUGGCAGCCCUGACAGAGAUGCGCAGAGACAGUUCCAGUUCUGUUGGGUCUGGCGAGUUCACUGGGAUUAAGGAACUGGAUGAUAUCAGUCAGGAGAUCGCUCAGCUGCAGAGGGAGAAAUACAUGCUAGAGCAGGACAUCAGAGAAGCCGAGGAGGCCAUCAGACACAAGACUACUGAGGUUCAGGAGAUGCAGAAUGACCUGGACAGAGAGACGUGCAGCCUGCAGGAACUGGAAGCUCAGAAACAGGACGCUCAGGACCGGCUGGACGAGAUGGACCAGCAGAAGGCCAAGCUGGAGGACAUGCUGAAUGAAGUGAGGCAGAAGUGUCAGGAGGAAUCUCAGAUGAUCUCAUCUCUUCAGAGCCAGAUCCAUUCUCAGGAGUCUGACCUGCUGAAUCAGGAGGAGGAACUGACUCGGGCUAAAGCAGACCUGUGUCGGCUGCAGCAGGAGGAAGGUCAGCUGGAACAGAGUCUACAGGCCGGCAAGAUCCAGCUGGAGACCAUCAUCAAGUCCCUCAAAGCCACGCAGGACGAGAUUAAUCAGGCUCGCAGUAAACUGUCUCAGAUUCAGGACAGUCAACACGAAGUGAGCAAAAACAUCGAGCAGUAUAACAGCGCUCUGAACGGGACACAUGGGGGCAGCAUGACCAACCUGGCUGACAUGAGUGAGGGAUUCCCGGACAAGGAAAACGGAGGAUUCGGGGCCAUGGACGACCCGUUCAAAGUGAAGCCAAAUGUUUUUGGCAGCAACGCUCAGGAGAUGCACACAGAUCCAUUUCAGUCUGAAGACCCUUUCAAAUCCGACCCUUUCAAAGGUGAUCCUUUCCAGAACGAUCCUUUCGCCAAGCAACCUCCCACAGCUGCAGAUCCAUUUGGGGCAGAUCCGUUUAAAGAAACCGACCCGUUCAAGACCACAUCGGAGGACUUCUUUAAGAGGCCGGCCAAAGCAGAUCCCUUCACCAGCUCGGAUCCGUUCUGUAAAAGUGCUACUCUUCCUGCAAAGUCUCAUCCGUUUUCAAAUAAUGACCCUUUCGCCUCCACAAGUCCCAAACACAAAGGCUCAGAUCCCUUUGGGACUCGGGACCCAUUUGGCAGCAGCUCAUUCGGGAGCAACAGUGGCUUCGCUGACUUCAGUCACAUGUCAAAGCAGGGUUUCGUUGAAGACCCUUUCAGCCAGAAGCCGGACACUCCAGCUCUCCCGCCCAAGAAGACCUUACCACCCCGACCCAAGCCACCCAGCGGUAAAAGCACCCCAACUAACACGCCUGGAUCGGGGGAUACGAGCAAGCCGAGCGACCCCUUCCAACCCUUCGGCUCUGACGCUAAUGACCCAUUUCAGAGUAAAAAGGGGCUCGGGGACCCGUUUAGUGGCAAAGAUCCGUUCGCUCCAUCUGCUUCAAGUAAAGCCCCUAAAGAUUCUUCCUUGGGUUUUGCAGACUUCAGCUCUUUUGGGAAUGAGGCGCAGCAGAUGGAGUGGGCGAAGCGCGAGAGCGAGCGGGCCGAGCGUGAAAGGCUAAAGAGACUCCGGCAGCAGGAGCAGGAGGAUCUGGAACUGGCCAUCGCACUCAGUAAAGCUGAGAUGAACACCUGAACUCACACCCUCUCUCUCUCUCUCUCUCUCUCUCUCUCUCUCUCUCAUAACCUCCACACACACCUGCAGCAGAGACGUGUGUGUGUGUGUGUGUGUGUGUGUGUGUGUGUGUGUGUGUGUGUGUGUGUGUGUGUGUGUGUGUGUGUGUGUGUGUGUGUGUGUGUGUGUGUUGGAGGCUACAUGAGGGAGAACAUUUUGUUAAUAUUUGAAAUGUUCGUUUUUAUUUUUUUUUUAACGUCAUGAGUUGCGUUAUGUAAAUGGGUUCAUUCUACAUGCACUGCAAUAACCUGCACUACUCUCACAGAUAGAUUAUUUAAUGUGUGUAUGUAUGUAUGUAUGUGUGUGUGAGUGGGUAGGUGGGUGGACUUGUGUGUGUGUGUGUGUCUCAGACUAGUGAACCUGUCGACAGAGCCAUUAAUGGCGAGUUAGCUCAGUGUGAUCCAUGGAAAAUAUUUAAAAUGACUAAACCCAGUCCAUCAGCCAAGACAUGUUUGGUGUCCGAUAUUAACUUGAAGGUAGAAAGAUAAUCUAGCUGUUUUAUUUAUGGGGUGGUCCUGGCGUCCAUUUAAAACAUCAUAACGAAAACCUCGUUGAGGUGCGUUGUUCGUGUGUUUGUGGGGAGCGUUUAUGUUCCUGCUCAACGCUGGCAGGGUUGUGUCUCAUCAUACAUACUACAUGCUAUAUACACAGUCAAGUCACAUUAUUAUGACCACCAGUUAAUAUCCAGAGUAACCGUGUGCCAUGAGCAGCACGGACAGCACACUGUCGCCUCACAGCAAGAAGGUCCUGUGUUCGAUCCCCAGGUGGGGCGGUCCGGGUCCUUUCUGUGUGGAGUUUGCAUGUUCUCCCCGUGUCCGUGUGGGUUUCCUCCGGGUGCUCCGGUUUCCUCCCACAGUCCAAAGACGUGCAGUCAGGUAAAUUGGAGACAUUAAAUUGUCCAUGACUGUGUUUGAUAUAACCUUGUGAACUGAUGAAUCUUGUGUAAUGAGUAACUACCGUUCCUGUCAUGAAUGUAACUAAAGUGUAAAACAUGACGUUAAAAUCCUAAUAAACAAACAAACAGCACGGACAGCAGCUAGACAGGCUGGGAGUGACUCAGUGCUGACUGCAGUGCAUCCCACAGCUGCUGGAGGAGCCAACACGACCAUCAGAUGGUCCCACAGACACUCAGUUGGGUUCAAGUCUGGGGAAUUAAGGGGUCAGGGUAGUACUUGGAAGUCUUGGUCAUGCUCUUCUAACCAGUGUGGGACAUUUCUAGCCGUGUGACGUGUCGCAUCGUCUUGCUGGAAGAUCCCAUCCAAUCCAGGGAAGACAAUCAGCAUGUAUGGGUGUACGUCAUCUGCAAGGAUGGACUCAAACCCAAAUCGGUUGAGAGUGCCUUCCACACGCCACAAAAACAUUCCCCGGACCAUAACGCUGCCACAGCCAUCGAAGUUAGGAAGUGGUCAUAAAAAUUCGGGAACUAAAGGCGUCCCUGUAUACGGAAUAUAAGAAUUGAAAAUGCGUUUAAGCAUUUAACAUGUGUGGCUCUGUCGGAGAGUAAAAUGUUGGUUUGAAUUGUAACCGGUUGCAUUUUAGUCUCUCUGUGGUCUUGUGUAGAUUACAUGGUUUGGCAUAGCGAAUAUUUUAGGAUUUAGACCUUAAGGUUGCGUAUAGGGGUCCUGGGUACCUGGACUUCAAAUCCCCACCCCUGUCUGUACAAACUUUGACAUGUUUGUUAAGUGUUUCAUCACCUUGCCCCUCCUUUCCCUUUAAAACACGUGUAGAGGGUGAUUUGACUGCUGUAAAUUGCUUAUAAGUCUAAGCAAGCGAGUGAGUAGAUGGGUGAGUGUAAAACACCCUGUAAUAGAUUGGUACAAACAGUGUGCCCGAAAUUAAGGAUCGAUCUCGGGUCCCCAGGAACGGUGUUACUGUGCGCCACCCGCUCAACCGUCUGCCCCACUGUGUCAGCCGAGCUUAUUAUAAAACUAAUUUAUUAAUUUUAAUGUUUUUAUUUUGGUUACAU